AUGUCUCUCCCCGUACCAUUCCAGCCCUCCGUGAUCCUCACACCCCAACCCUCGUCCACUCCAACGCCAGCAGCACUGCGCGCCCUUCUUCCGCUCGCCAAGGACAUUCUCAGAAACGAUGAGGUCUACUCUGUCACCUUUUCAAAGAUGCUCUGCCCGGAGGGCAAGAACAACUUGUUCACUUUGAAGCCUUACUACUGGGAGGUCGCACCUGGCGUAUGGGAACACCGAGACGGUCAGAGAAACCCAUACUGCGAUCUCCCAGGCGGCCAAAUCCAGCUCCAAGACAUGGCCACCAGCGUUCAUACUCUUGCACUCGCUGCUUUACAUUUAGGGGACGAGGUUGACGAUGCCGGCAAUCCACUCAAGGUACAGUGUCUGGGGCAUAUAGAGAGACUCUUGAGAGUCUUUUUUCUGGACGAGGCGACGAGGAUGGUGCCAGAGGUCUGGUAUAGCCAGUGCAAUCCGGGAUGGAAACCUUUGAAAGGAGAUUAUGCGUUUGCGAUUGCUAUUCGGUAUCUUAUUCUCGUAUCUCAAGCACUCGUCAUGGUGUCUCCCAUGAUCUCGGAGGAUGUGGUCGAUGGGAUGCGAUCAUGGCUUGGCGUUCAGGUGGAAUGGAUGAAGACGUCCGAGCAAGGGGAGUGGGUCACGAAAUAUGGUGAUAACAAAACCCUAUGGUAUCAUGCUAUUAUCGCGUCCCAUUUAUCUGUGACAGAGGCUGAGGAAGGUGCCAAGAGAUAUGCCGACGAGCUCUUUGACCAGUGGCGAGCCCAGUACCCUACUGCAGAAACGUUCUUCGCCCGUGAUCUCAGGGGCACCCGACCCCGCCACUAUGCCCUAUUUGCUCUUCAGCCCCUGUUCAUCCUUGCUCGGCUGACCGGCCAACCGUCUUCACCCACCUACUCCCCAACUCUCCUUCAGUAUCUGACCGAGUUGGUAGACUUGCUUCCCCAUAUCGAGCCAGGAGCGAUUGAGCGCCCGUUGGAGGAUGAAGGAGGCCGCUACGAGGCUGUUUCGGCGUGGUAUCAGAAGAUGCUGAGUAGUAUGAAGGGUGACGGGGAGGGAUGGGAAGAUGCGCCUGAUGGAACUGGGUGGGAAGGUGGGUGGCAGGAGAGGGCGAAAGUCUCUUGGGGCUUUGUAUAG